UCCUCCCCUUCUAUAAAUAGCUACACCUGCUGACCUUUCUCUUCUAAAGACUUACUUUUAAACAGAGGAACCGAAACAUCUGGGAGAUGAGCGAGGGAUUGAAGAAGGUCUACCAGGUUUGCGAAGAGAUCGGUCAGGGAAGAUUCGGUACCGUUUUCCGGUGCUUCUUUCCUGCUUCCGGCGACUUCUUCGCCUUGAAAUCCAUCGACAAGCGUCUCCACUCCGACUCCGUUGAUCGAGAAUGCAUCGACAAAGAAGCCAAGAUCAUGCAACUUCUCAGCGGCAACCCUAAUGUCGUUCAAAUCGCCGAUGUUUACGAGGAUGAUGCGUAUCUCGACAUCGUUAUGGAGCUUUGUGAUUCUUCCGACCUUUUCGAUCGUGUCUCCAAGCGCACUUUCUCUGAUGUCGAAGCUGCUGCUAUUAUGUUGCCUCUGAUGGAGGCGAUCACUCAUUGUCACCGCAGGGGUGUUGCUCACCGUGAUAUUAAGCCUGAUAACAUACUCUUUGACAGUCGGAAUCGGUUGAAGCUGGCUGAUUUUGGAUCUGCUGAGAUCUUUCACGACGGGCUACCCAUGAGAGGGAUCGUUGGGACGCCUUACUAUGUUGCGCCUGAAGUGCUUUCUGGAAAGGAUUAUAGUGAGAAAGUGGACGUUUGGAGUGCUGGAGUUAUUUUGUACAUAAUGUUGUCUGGAAUCCCGCCUUUUUAUGGGGAUUCUACCGCUGAGAUCUUUGAGGCGGUGCUUCGUGGGAAUCUCCGCUUUCCGACUCGGAACUUUUACUCCGUCUCGCCGGCUUCGAAGGAUCUUUUGCGGAAGAUGCUUUCAAAGGACGUCUCCAAGAGAUUCUCCGCCGAGCAAGUACUCGGGCAUCCAUGGAUCACAAGCGGAGGAGAAGCUAGGUCGAUGAUGGCUUGAUCUAAAUAGAGACUGUAGAAGCUGCCACCACUUCUGAUACUGCUACUGCUACUACUUCUAGAAGUCUAUAGGGGGUAUCUGAAAGAAAGCUUGUACCUACCUCAUAAGUUCCACUCCAGUCUCUGGACUCUAGAGAUGAGUUGAGGGAAGAGAAGUCCGAAGCACAAAGAUUCCGAUCAGAGCGAUUUCGCCGAUCCCCUAUCAGCCAGGACUUAUAAAUCUGCCUCUCCUUUUUGUUUUUCUUUUCGGCCUUUUCUCCUAUGUGGGAGGCGGUAUACUAUACGGAACGUAGUUGAGGAAGAAAGUUUGAGACUGUAGAGAUGUAUGUAUUUGUGUACGUAUGCAGAGUGCAGAGUUAGGUAUUGAAAUCCCACCCUACACGGGAGCGACUAGAAAACUUGAGACUGUAGAUAUGUUUGUAUUUUUAUGUAUGUAUACAAAGUUCGGUAA